UCUCCAAUGACAAUAACACUUGGCACAUAUAAUGGUGCAGCAAAUUGUGAAGGUAUUGAAGGAAUUCCUAUAUCACAAACAUUUAUGGGUUCACUAGAUGAAAUGUUUGUAUUUGCACGUGAAUUACAAGAUAGUGACUUGAAACAAAUUAUCAAACCAUAA